AUGGGGGGUAAGUCGAGUCGUGUAUACAUCACCGGGCCAGGGCUACAGCUUAUAUUCUGCAGUAAAAUUAACGACGACGGAUAUUUACAUGGGCUACGCAUAUGGGAAGACCAAGUGACCGGGGCCGUGCGGAUCCAGGCAUCAGUGCAUGGGGGUCCAAUGGGCAGGACUCCAGUCUGGACUGCCUUCAUUACUCAUAACCUUGUCAAGGACAAAUGGAUCAGGACUGAGGAUUCCAGGACUGUCGUGCUCCGUAAUGUCAGACCCAUGGUAUUCAUGUCUGGGGAUGAUUAUAACUCGCCGCGGAAUAACUACGGACAUAUCAUUGAGUUCAAAACCUCAUCGGACGCUACUGACUUCCUGAAUGCCAUCCGCCGCCUGGCUACAGGUGCUCAUUGA